UUAAAGACGAAUAGUUUGAAAGUGAAAUUAAGAAGUUCCAAUAAUGGAUCCUGAACGCCAGCCACUCCUAGGACAGGGGUCCCAAGUGCGAAGAAGAUUUAGGCCCCUAACCCCAGAGGAAGUACUGACAGCGCGUCAGGAGCUGACAUGGCGUCGCGCUCGCUUCUUCCUCGUAGUCAUGUUCUGGGGCAUCAUGGCCAUGUUCCUCUCCAUCAUCACGUGUAUCCUGAUGACAGCUCCAAGGUGUUCCUCGGACGCUGGAGUACAGCAGUUCCCAAGCGUACCCCCCGUACAUAUGACCUUCGCACCUUUGAUUUCAAGAAUGAAUGAGGAUAGAGUUUAUGCUUUGUAGAUAGUAU